CGCACGAAACUUAUCAGUCGUUUUUUAAAGCGGCUCGUCGCUGUGAAUUUUUCGUGAUACUCACGAUCGGCAGUGACCUCGCUCAGUGUUAUAUCCGUAGUUUCUUAUUAGCUGGGAGGGUAGCUGUUAUCGUUCUUCCUCUUUUUUAAGGUGUCUUAAAUUUUGGUUCCUGAUGUACUGUACAUGAUAAGCCGUUUACCGAGGAAUCUUUGUUUGACAUUCGCCAGGAAAAUUUUAAGAAGAAGAUACUCCCCAUACUGCCGUUGACCUUGUGCCUUCCGAAUUGUCUGGUGGCGGUGAACCGAAGCGAGAAAGUUAAUUGGCUAGAUUGAUAGUGCAAGACGUAGCCUUCUCACUGCCCUCCAAAAUGCCCUCGGACGUGAAGGAAUUUUUACGCCAAGCAGCAAUGCAAGUCGGCGCGGGCGGAUCCGCUGGCUUCGUGGAGGUUUGCAUUAUGCAUCCACUCGAUUUGGUCAAAACGAGGCUGCAACUUCAAGCUAGUCCCGCUGCUGGUGCUUCCAAGUCUGCUACAUACUAUAAUGGUGUAUUCGAUUGCAUCCGUAAGAUGGCCAAAGCGGAGGGAGUCUUUUCGCUGUAUAAAGGUAUCUUACCUCCGGUGUUGGUUGAAACACCGAAACGAGCCGUUAAAUUUUUAACCUUCGAACAGUACAAGCGAUUCUUCAUGUUCGGAUCUGACAAAGCUACACCUCUGACUUUCUCCUUAGCUGGACUAGGAGCGGGUGUAACGGAAGCGAUCCUUGUAAAUCCCUUCGAAAUGGUUAAGGUGACCUUGCAGGCUAACAAAAACAAAAUGGGACAGGUACCGACCACUUGGGCUGUUACCAGGCAGAUCAUCAACGAAUCUGGCUUCGGUUUGAACGGGCUCAACCGUGGACUGACGGCUACCAUCGGGCGAAACGGGGUGUUCAAUAUGAUUUACUUUGGUUUCUAUCACAGCGUCAAGGGCAUUGUGCCCGAAUAUAAGGAUCCCGUGCAAGAAUUCCUGCGCAAAGUUGGUAUUGGAUUCGUGAGUGGAACCCUCGGAUCGGUCGUGAACAUUCCUUUCGAUGUAGCAAAGUCUCGAAUUCAGGGUCCACAACCGGUACCCGGACAAGUGAAGUAUCGUACCACAUUUGGCUCGAUCGCCAUUGUCGCCCGGGAGGAAGGCUUUGCGGCGUUGUACAAAGGCCUCACUCCGAAGGUGAUGCGUCUGGGUCCGGGCGGUGCAAUCAUGCUCGUCGUUUACGAGUAUGUGUACGAAUUUCUCGACGGGUACUUUAAGUAGUUGUAUAACCGAGUAAUGGGACAUGCAAUUAAAGGAGGAGUGCCACGAAGAGCAUAAAACAACAUACCGUUAGACUAACCCCAGCGGCGAUCGUUUGGAAGUUCCUUGUUUGAACAAAACUCUUUGAAGAUUUAUCGUAAACGUGUUGCAUUUAAAUAUUGAGUAUUUCAGUCAGCUGUUUGCAGGGUUUUAUAUAAACAUUUUUUUGUUAAACAAACUAUUCCAGAACAAAUCUUUAGGCCAUGAUAUAAGUAUUAUUUUGAGGUGUAAUGUUACAAAAUGGAUACCUGUAUAAAUUGGGUAAUUUGUUGUUUUAAAUAAAAAUGUUUUCUU